UUUGCCCAGCGCUGACCGCGAGGGAAUGCCGCCGGCACUCGCCUGCUCCCUGCCUUUCUUGCCCUGAUUUUGAAUGUCUCAUCUGUGCCAGGGUGCAGGGCUGGGGGGGCUGGUGCCUGUGGCAAGCGUGGACUGCCAGCCCUGCGGCUUUGGAAGGGGCAGGUUAAUACCUAGCAUCGGGGCAGCUGCUUGGUUUUCUGUGAGCCGACCAACUUUUUUUAAACCCGCCAAUUGUGGCACGUUCCCUUCGCUGUUUGCCCCUCUUCACAGGCAUGUGUAGUGCUUGGUAGUGAGGCUGCCUGAAGGCUGCUCCCUGCAUUUGUCACACAAUUUCUGUUUUUAAAUAGACGCCUCCUUUCUUCGAACUGAUUAGACUUGAAGAGUACUUAUGCCCACCUUGAUCCAAUCCUCCUUUCUAUUGCAGGUUAAGCCUGCCUUUGUUUUUGGAAGUCCUUGGCCUUGCCACUUGUCUGGUGUUACAAUUACUUGCAUAUGCUUAGAAAGUGUCUGCCAGAUCAGCUGCUGGAUAUGUCUCUGUAGCAGACAAGAGCCGCCUGAGAGGCAACCACUUGCUUCUCCACCAGAAUUUCAGUAGUCAUAGAAAUUGGGGAGCAGCGUACAUCAGUCAUUAUGUACAUUGGCUUUUCACUCCUGAAGUAAACAUGAUGAAAACAGAGUCUUCAGGGGAGCGAUCAACCCUCCGAAGUGCCUCUCCUCACAGGAAUGCUUACAGAACUGAGUUCCAGGCACUGAAAAGCACCUUCGACAAACCGAAAUCAGAUGGAGACCAAAAAACGAAAGAUGAAGGAGAGGCCUCUCAGCAGAGCCGGGGCAGGAAAUAUGGCUCCAAUGUCAACAGGAUUAAAAACUUAUUUAUGCAGAUGGGUAUGGAGCCCAAUGACAGCAGUGGAGUUGCCCCUAAAAGUAGGGGGAAAGGUGGACCCACAUCUCCUCAAAGAAGGAUUAGACCCAAAGAAUUUGUGGAGAAAACAGAUGGUUCAAUUGUAAAACUGGAGUCUUCGGUUUCAGAACGGAUCAGUAGAUUUGAUACUAUGCAUGAUGGUCCUUCCUAUUCCAAAUUUACUGAAACUCGAAAGAUGUUUGAGCGAAAUGCUCAUGAAAUGGGACAUUCCAAUCGCUACUCCCCAAAGAAAGAGAAGGGAGUUUCUAAUGAACUCCCAGAUGAGUUGUGCAGCUCAAAGUCUAAUAGGGGCAGUACCGAUUCAUUGGACAGUCUUAGUUCACGGACAGAGGCUGUUUCUCCAACAGUGAGCCAGCUCAGUGCAGUGUUUGAAAACACCGACUCGCAUAAUGUAAUCAUUUUGGAAAAGUCAGAAAAUAAUGAAGAAUACUCUGUAACUGGUCACUAUCCACUAAACCUACCUUCUGCCGUCACAAAUCUAUCCCCUACUGUUGGAAACCUUGAGGGAUUCAGUCCCACAAAAGAAACUACUACUUGGUCAUCAUCGGCCAAACAAAGUACAAGUUCAGUAGUUGUUGAAAACUCUCAGCAAAACAGUACAUCAUCAACAAUAAGAGAAGAAUCUGUAAGCAGUUUGCCGCUUUCAAAAACUAAUGAAGAAAUAAAACAGAAUAAGGAAACAAGUUCAGAUUCUGUUGAUAACCAUGCAGCAAAUAAGCAAGAGUCAGUCGAUACAAUUGACGGUGAAAAGUCUGAAGAGCUCUGUACAAGGAAUAAGGCAAAAACAGAUUUGGCAAUUUCUUUACAACCAAAAGAGCUUUCAGAAAGUGGGGAGAGUGCCCCUGAUGGAGCUGAGGCUGUAGAAAUGUCAAGAAGCUUAACAGCAGGUGAUGAUUUAGCAACAGGUGCAUCUUCUGAGUCCCACUAUGAUGAUGCAAGUGGAAAGGAAGUGCAGGAAGAUUUGAAUAACUUUCAGAGUUCACAUGUAUAUAUGCACUCUGACUAUAAUGUCUAUAGGGUCCGAUCGAGGUAUAAUUCUGACUGGGGAGAGACAGGAACAGAACAGGAUGAUCAGGAUGACAGCGAUGAAAAUAACUAUUAUGAACCUGAUAUGGAAUAUGCGGAAAUCAAUGGAUUGCCAGAUGAAGAUGAAAUUCCAGCAAACAGAAAAAUUCAGUUUAGCUGUGCUCCAAUUAAGGUCUCUCUAAGCUUCAUUCUCCUGCCUGUCUUACAGACUAGUAAGGGGGACUACAGAAACUCAGGAGGGCAGCUCCGAUCUAACAAUACAUUUUUUACAAGUUGGACAGGAAGCACUUUCCACUUCUCAUCUCACAGGACUAAAUGUUGAAAAACUUGAGUUUCAUAUUGUGUCAGUACUUUGCCUUGUGAAGUUGGGUAGGUCACGUCAUCUCCCUGUGUGUUAGCUUACCCAUCUGUAAAUUGGGGAUGGUACUCUUCUAGCAGUUUGUGUAAUGUCAAUUUAAAUAUUGUUCUGCUUCGUGCAUUUUUGUGUCAGAGGCAUAUAACCUUGUUCUGUGUCCAAUUGUGUGACUCCAUUGCAUAGGCAUCACUGGGUGCUUCAGUGCCCUGGGCUGCAGCUGUGCACGGGUCAGUGUUAGUGGUUGCAAGGUAGGCCACUUUGGGCAGUGCAACUGCUGUUAUUUUUGGUUUCCCCUCCCCAUCCCCCAGAUCACGGGGCUGAUGUCCUGGUUACCCUCUACCUCUUCCUUAUGCUGCUGCUUAAUUCUUGCUGAAAGUCUCUUGUAACCUUUCCUGAUGCUUCAACCCCUGCAUAACAGAUUUGAGGGACACUUUCUAGGAAAAUAUAGUGGAGUGCCCCAGACUUUUGAAAGCUAACCUCUCAGAAAAAUAAGUUCAGUUACACAUCAUGAUCCUGCAUCAUUUUGUCCUCUCCCAAAUUACUUGUCUCUCUGCAUAAAUAGUAUUGAACUUCACAGUAUGAUUGUACUUGUUUUCCUUUACUACAUGUGAUGAAUAGUGACAUAGUUAAAAGUGUUGACAUUUAAAAUACAGUAUUGACAUUGAAUUGGAAUUAGCUGUCAUUGAAAAGAAUGAGCAGUUCAUGCCUCAGAACUGUUGUUUCAGGGUCUCGGCACAGUCAGAUAGACAUAACUCAGUUGGUUAAUUGGGACACUUUCAAGGUUUUGGCAACUAUAGAUGCAUUUAUUUAAAUGAAGGAUGGGACUCAGGAUAGCAAUUAAGAGGACUGUCUUUCCACAGAAGAAGACUUUUUAUCCCUUCGGUGUAGUGGUAGAUGUGCUUUGCUUGGUGGGAAAUGUUGACAUAUAGGAAUUAAGUUGUAUAUAUAAAAGUCUUACCAACUGCAAUAAUGAAAAAGGGUAAAUCCUGCUUGUCUUCAAAGAAUAAAACCCAACAAAGUUCUCCUUGUAUUCAAGGAACAAUACAUACAGUGUGGGUGGCUAAAGGGUUAGUUCUGCAGUCACAUGCAAGGUUGUGCUAGUAGUUUUUCUGGCCCAUACAGUGUGAUGCAUGCUGUGUCCCAGCAAUGCAGACCCACAUGGCCAUAGGAAGAAUGUUUUCCUGUGAAAACCAAAGGGACAGGAGCUGUGCUGUGCUUUGGCCUUCCCCUCAGUAUGGUGUCCAGCAUUGCUGUUACCUUUCCAAAAUAUCAGGUUAUGCACAGCUGCCCAAAGUGUACAGGCUUUUUAGACAAGGCUUGACAGAUGUACCCAAAAACCAGCUGGUGAAGUUGCCAAGCAGAAAUACGUUAGUGACUGAAGCCAUAGCUCCUCCUGCACCACAUGCAGCUUAGUCACUUUAGAAGUCCUUCUCAACCACCAGGUCCAAAAAAUUAGGAUUUUUAAAAUUAGGUUUUUUUUAGGCUUAACCCAGUGUAAAUGCUUCUAUAUAAAAUAGGUCAAUUAAAGCAACACUCCAAAGAAAUCCCUUGAGCCUUUUCCCAUAGUCCUCUGAGGUGUCCAGAGAAUCCACUGAUAACCCUGCUUUAAAAGGCAUCCAAGCUGCCCUAUGCUUUAUAAUGAUAGCUGGGUUUCCUGGAUCACCUUAACAGAACUGGCAGCCAAGCCCAAACCUCCCCAGAAUACUUAUAUUUUUGGGGACUGGUGGGUGGGGGCGUUGAUUUAAUUAGAGCGGCUCUGUGGUGGUGGGGGUGCUUGAAUUAAAGUUUGCUCGAUGAUCUUUAGUUCAAGCACCCCCACUGCCAUUUUUAAGCAUGAGGACCCUGACGCAUGGGAUACAGGAGGCUACUGGAGCACAGCAAUUGCUACGUAGUAGUAGAAUAGUCUUUGUGCAUACUGGGAAAACUAUUACAGCUCCAGUGAUGCUCAUUUCACAUACGAAAGGUUAUCUGUGUUACAGAAGAGGCCAGAGGAGGGGUAGUUAUUUUCAGAAGGAGAAGUGAAAUUAUGCAGAAAGCAACAAGGAGUAACUCUUUCUCCCCACUCGUCAUAGGUAUAUGCAUUUGUCAAACCCUGCUUUUGACCAUUAAACCCACCGUUAGAGCCCUUGUCUCUUCAUCUGCUUCCAUUUCUGUUUUUCCUCUUGUUUUCUACCUCUGAUUUGCCUUUUUUUCCCUUUUGCUUUGUUCUUGGUUGUUUUUGUUUACUUUUUAUUCUUCAACAUCACUCCUUCCUAAUUUAAAAAUAAUUAUCCAGGCUAUUGCAAUACAUGGAUAGAGUAGGAGAGCCAGGAAUCAUAGUAUGUGAUAAGGCCUGGUAGGAGGAAAGAGGACUCGUGUCUCGAGCAUCAUAGGCCUACUCUGGGAACCCUAGAAUGGAGUUCCAAGCUUCCAAUAAAGCAUAUGUUUCUGUGAAAUUGUUUUUUGCUGUUCUGUUGAGUUUCCAUAGUGUGUUUUGGGAAGUGUAUCUGGAAAGAUAUUUCAAGGGGCUCCUCCAUUUUCCAAACGUUUCUGUAGUAAGGGAGGAUGUGGACACUAGGGGCGUGUUUAUAGACUUGCUCGGUGGGAGGGGGGUGCUUUUAACUAGAACGGCUCUGAAAUCCUCUCUGA